AUCUUUCUUUUAAGCAAAUACUCUCAGAAUCUGCUUAAAAGAUAAUCCAUUUGAAAUCUAGCAGUGAACUCCAAGCCUUAAAAAAAUUGACUUCAUUUCUUGCAAUCUAUAUAACAUGGAAAAAUACUCAAUUAUUUUAUUACAAAAGAGAAAAUUAUUCGAGAUGAACUCUGCCUUCAUCUUUUGCAUAGUAUUGUGCGCAUUGAUUCAUAUGUGCUUUGCAGACUGCGAUAAUAUUCAAGAUAUUUGUCCAGCAGCUUUCACAAACAAGCAGAAUAUCUUCAUCAAUGGUUUACCAUGCAAGAACCCAGGUAGCAUUACUGCUUCAGAUUUCAAGUCAUCAAUACUGAGUCACCCCGGCGACACAGACAACUUCCUUAGUUCAGCAAUAACCAUGGCCACUGCUGUUGAUUUCCCUGGCCUGAACACACUCAGCCUCUCAAUCGCCAGGACAGACCUCGAGAUUGAUGGCAUAGUAUUGCCACAUUCUCACCCACGAGCUACUGAGAUGUUUUUCGUCGGCUCUGGUGUCGUGAUUGCUGGAUUUCUAGAUACUAACAACCAGCUGUUCCAGUCGGUUCUGAAAGAAGGAGACGUGUUCGUCGCGCCUCGAGGUCUGCUACACUUUUGCUUGAACGCUGGCAAUGAUGCUGCUGUAGUAUACUCAGUAUUGAGUAGCCAAAAUCCUGGAGUGGUGAAUGUUGCUGGUGCAGUGUUUGAGACAGAGCCUGAUGCGACAAAUAAACUAGCUAAAAGGAUAAAAUCAGUUUCUGCAUCAGCAAUCAAUGGAGUGAAUAAUGCCACCUUGUUUGGAUUUUAAACUUAAAGCAAACAUUUUUAUAUUAUGUAGUGAUUCUGGUGAUUGAUUAAUUUAUAUAUGCUUGUCCUUGAAUGUACAGCUUUAACUGCUAUAUAGUUUGUUUAUCAGUGUUAUAUAAUGUAAGGGUGCAGACUUUGUUUAUUCUAAAACAAUUUCUCAGUUUCUAAAAAUUAA